UGUUGUUAGUGUGACGCCCCUCCUUUCGCUGUUUUGGUCUAGUCCGUAUGUACAGUCUUCCUGGUUUGUGCACUGAGCUGUAUACGUACGGUUGGGACUGUUUGGUAUAAACAAUGUCUUCUCGAUUGUUUGAGGGCAAAUCUCAUGCAUCUGUCUAUCAAAAAUACAGAUUCUCUGCUCCACAAGAAGUCCAGGACAUUAUUUUUAACUACAUGGGUGAAAGGCUGACAAAGCCAUAUGGAUUAGCGGUAGAUGUCGGUUGUGGAACAGGACAGAGUACACGAAUUCUUGUCCCUUACUUCCAAAAGAUUGUGGGAACUGAUAUCAGCCAAGCUCAGAUAGAAGAAGCCAGGAAUGCCGAUCAUUUUCCAAAUGUGACUUACAGUGUGAGUCCAGCUGAGGAGUUGCCAGUAGAUGACGCAUCUGUUGAUUUGAUAACUGCAUGUGCUGCUGUCCACUGGUUCGAUACUGAGAAGUUUCUCAAGGAGGUUGACAGAAUUUUGAAACCACGUGGUUGUCUUGCUUUUUAUACCUACCUUCCUGAUAUGGAACUUCACUACAAAGACCGGUCAGAGCAGUUGACAAAGGUUGUUCGUGAGGUGCAUGAUACAUUGGCCCCAUAUGUAAGUGAGAGAGUAAAUCAUGUCAAAUCGGGUUACAAAGACAUAUUUGAAGCUAUACCCUACGCAGACAAACAACGGAUGGAGAAAAUAACUGUCAAAAUACCAAUGCCCUUGGCAGAUUUUAUUGGUCUUAUUCAAACCUUCUCCAUGUACCAGAUAUACCUUAAACUGGAACCUGAGAAAGCAAAAGAUUUAAUAGUCACAACCGAGAAAAGGUUACUCGAAAUCAUGGGAGUGUCGUCCACUGAGACUAAAAUUGAUGCAUUGAUGACUAAUGUUUGUUUAUUGGCUUCUAAGCCAGUGUAAUGACACAAGUUUCAGGAAAUCAGAAAUGGUGCUUUGCCUGCAAAACUAAUUUACGUAUUAAACUGCACCAGAAAAAUGUAUUUCAAAAAGUGUUUAUCAAUACAAGAAUGAUAAAGCAA